UUCACGAGCUGCACGUUUUGACCACCGCACACAUAUAUUUCCUUCGCUGUUCCAUCAUCGUCAUCGCUCACCAUGGGGCAGUACUGGACAAUAAUGAGCAUCGACAACAGUGAAGCCACUGGGCACUUGGGAAAGCUGGGAGAGUUCUUCUGGAUGCCAGAUAACUCGCUUGUCAGCUGCCUGACGACUCCUGUGAUUCCAUCGUCUUACAAGACUGCUGCUAUUGCUAGUUUUGGAGGGAAAUCACAAAAUCUCAAAAAGAAUUAUCCUCCAUCGAUCCUUUUGUCACUUCCGCAUGAGCUCUUGCUUGUAAUAGCCGAAGAACUCUCCGAGGAUUAUCUUGAUCUCAUUUGCUUUUCUGUUACAUGCAUAGACGCAUGGGAGCUGACUGGACAAUGCCGAUACCAAUCUCUGUCUCAAAAAAUAAAGAGUAAAAGCUGGGCCGGUAGUCGUAUAAUCCUAUUAGGAGAUUACGCUGGUGCCUUGCCCAAGGGACUCCUUACCGAUGCAGAAAAGAAGGAGCUCAGGCUUGACGGUUAUGCAGAUCAUGAAUUCGGGUCACUUCUCUAUGCUCACCCAGCUUUUCGGAUGCCGUCCUAUAAAAUCCUCAAUGACUUUUAUUAUGACGAAAUAGCUCAGGACGAUGAUCUUUUUCAUGAACUCCACUCAACUCGGGACAAUUAUCUUUUUCGUGAACUCCAGUACUUUGCUCAUCGCGAGCCAUUCUCCCGAUGGAUCAUGCUACCAGGCGAUUUCAAACCCACGAGCACAUCGUCCUCGAAAGAUCUUUGGAUGGUCCGCAAUCUCACCAAACAGGAGUAUGCAAUUCCCACCAGACCGCAGAGCCUCACACAGAUUGUCUACAGUCUCAUAGGAUGCUCCGAUGACCCUUCCGUUUCUAUGCAAGGCGAAAGGUGUAGUGUGCUUAUCGACGGACCCUGGGCAGGAGACAGGAUUGACAUCACACUUGUCUCGAUGCAUAGGCAAGAGCAUGCACCUGAGGAAGAAUCCAAUUGGAAAGACGUCACUAUCAGUGUUAAGGAGUUGUUGGAGGCAUUGGCGGCAGAAGACGACGAUUAUAGUGUCGGCGAUUUCAAAUUCUAA